CACCGGCUCACGUCUCCUCCUCUCUCCUCUCUCUCUCUCUCUCUCUCUCUCUCUCUUUAUUUUUCUCUAACCUCGGCAACUUGGGGGAAGGGGGGAGCCGGGGAUCGCCAACGGGGACCUCGGGGGAGGGCGUCGAUGGGCUGAGGGCCGCCGCGUCUUGGGCGGAGGAGAGGCUUCGGUUGCUGUAUUUGGUUCCAAUUCGAAGAGCCAGGCAAGCAUCGGGUUUCGCCUGGAUAAGUUUUCGUGAUUUUACGGUGUUUUCCCAAAAUAAAAUUCUUAAACGGUUAGGGUUUUAUAUUUGUCUUGAAUUUUGUUUUAUUUCGUUUUGUUCUGUACAGGAAGAGGGGAAAAAGCAAGGUCUUGUCUUGCCUGGUAUGAUUUUUUGGUUUCUUUCAGGGGAUUAUUGAAUGUUUUGGUUUCGCUUAUGGAGGGAUUUUUGAUAAUUAUGCUGAUUUUGUCAUGUUUUAUGUUAUUCGAGGGGUCGUUUUGAUAGAAAAGGGGUUGGUUUGAUUGGUUUGGGGAGGAAAGUUUGUUUUUUUAUUGCGGGAUUUUAUUCGAUUGGGUGAUUCUUUUCAUCUUUAGUCACAUUGCUUUCCUUCCAUUAUUUUAUUUGGAGCGAAAUUGAUCAUAAAGGAGGUUUUCAGAUUUGUGGCGUGGUUGGGCCAAGGCGAGGGUUUUUCUGAGGGAAAAUGGCCUUGGCUUUUGCCCGUGUUUCUUACUGGCUUUGGGGCGGGAAAGAUCUCGAAGCCCGGAACAAUUCUUCUCAGAGUUCUUCUCCGGAUUUCCUUUCGGGAUUUGGGGAGCCGGAUUCCUUGAAAUUCCGACCUGUUGAUGGGCCUAAGAUGCGGUCGCCGUCGAGAAGAAUUAAGAGGAAGUGGCAUAGCCGGGAAGAGCGGAGGAUCGACAGGGAGUACGAUAUCGUCCUUGUCCCCUCGGAUGGAGGAUGCAUGUCGGGUUCUGAAUCCGAUGAUUCGGAUUGGUCGAUUGGGUGGUUGGAGCCUCAUGCCCCUGACUUCCAAAGUGAAGCGGAGAGCAGCUUCGCUGUCCUGGUCCCAUGCUAUGGGCGUGGUCGCUGUGAGCAGCCUGAGAGGUUGAAGACUCAUGUCCUGGGUGUUGGUGACCUCAUGGAUGAUAAUCUUUCUGAUGGCAAGAAUUACAUAGAAGAAUGGCUCUCUUCUCUUCAGAACACCUGAUCUCACAAACGACCUAUUUGUCAGCUUGGCCUUAUAAGAUGCGUUCUUUAUCUUUCAAAGAUCUUAAAACAUUAUAAAAAGGAAAAAAAAAAUGUAUAAGAGAGAGAAGAACAUAGAGAGCAAUGGGGUGUUGAAAUUCCAGCUGGAUUAUUAGGCUGUGAAGAUUCUGAAGCAAACUACUUGUUGUGAAGCAACUAAAGAGAGAGAAGCAGCUGAGGUUAACUGAUCCAAUUGAAAGUUCUACACAUUUUUUUUUAAUGGGGAUGAUUGAAGUCACUAAUUGCUUACAUUGUUUAACCUCCUUGCUUUCUGCCCCCCAUUAGGGAUUUGUUGCAUUGUGGGUUUGUACAUAUGGGCAUAUGUAGUUCUUCUGUAAAUAUUGCUGUAAAUAUGGAACCAUCCUUGACCAACUAUGCUCUAAAUAGUCUCUGUUUUAGAAAGGCCAAGCUUCUAGCAGCCUGCAAGGCAGGUUUCUCUGUUUAAUACUAUAUAAUUUUAUAAACUCUACUAAUAUUCUUGUUGAA